AUGAUGUUAUUAAAAGUCUUACUAACAAUAUCACUAGCCAUAGCUUCGAUAGGUUGCGAACCAGUGCGUUUUGAUAACUAUCGAGUAUACGAGGUGUCGAUUGACAAUGCUGAUCAAUUAAGCGUGAUGCAACAUUUAGAGCAGUUUUCCGAUGGGUAUUCUUUUUGGGAAUCUCCAGUUCAAACUGGUAUGACGGUAAAUGUUAUGGUGCCACCGCAUAAAAUCGCCGAUUUUGAAGAAUUGGGAUCGCAGAUGCAGAUUAGCUUCAAACUUAAAAUUGAAAAUGUCCAAAAGCUAAUAAACAAUGAGAACCCUGCUCGAUCGAAGCGUAAUGGAUUUGGCUGGGAUAGCUACCACACAUUGGAUGAGAUGUACGACUGGAUCGAUGGAUUGGUUGAAAAGCACGGUGAAAUCCUGUCGGUCGAGCAGGUAGGAGAUUCGUACGAGGGUCGUGAGGUGCGCGCUGUCAAGUUGUCUCACAAAGCAGGAAAUCCGGGCAUCUUUUUGGAGUCCAAUAUCCAUGCCCGUGAAUGGAUUACUUCGGCUACAGCUACGUGGAUUCUGAACGAACUGCUUACGUCUACUGCACCGGAAGUCCAAGAACUUGCACAAAAUUAUGACUGGUACAUAUUACCAGUUGUCAAUCCAGAUGGAUUGAACUACACCAAGGAGACUAAUCGCAUGUGGAGAAAGACCCGCUAUCCACAUAGCGUUCUGUGCUACGGAGCCGAUAUGAACCGUAACUUCCCUUAUCACUGGAUGGAUGGUGGUGCAUCUUCCAAUCCUUGUACGGAAACAUAUGCUGGACCAGAGCCUGCUUCUGAAAUUGAAACCAAAAAUUUGAUGGAGUACUUUUCAAAGAUUAAGGAUCAAAUUCACUUCUAUCUUUCAUUCCACUCGUAUAGCCAGCUAAUUUUAUUGCCGUUUGGGUAUCAAAAUGCAGAAAAGGUGGACAAUUUUUAUGACUGGAUGGAGAUGGCCGAGGCUGCAGCGAUCGCACUGUAUAAACGACACGGAACUCAAUACGAGUUCGGUAAUACGGCUGAUGUACUAUACAUUGCAUCCGGAUCAACUCGUGACUGGGCGCUGGGAACCUACAAUGUGCCGAUCGCUGCGUCAUACGAGUUUCGUGAUACCGGAAACUAUGGGUUUUUGUUGCCAGCGGACCAAAUUAUUCCAAACUCCGAAGAAGUAUUAGACUCCCUUGUAGCAUUCUUAGGCAAGGCUCGCGAGCUAGGGUACUUCACAGUAUGACGUGUAUAGUUAAUAAAAACAAAGCAGACUUUUGAUAUCGUUAGCUUA